AUGUGGCGGAAUGCAAAAAUCCUGCUCUUUGCAGGAACGAUUCUAUUGUCGCUCGCCCACACAACCUACGCGUUUGUGUCGCGCCCAGCUUCAAAAGGAAGCCGGAUCUCUAACAUUCAAUGCUUUGAACAGAAGAAGGAAGAGGGAGGUGGAUUCUUUCGAGGAGUGAGCAGUUUUUUCAAAGAACUUGAUGCUUUCAUGGAUGACGCUACCGCUCGUAGGUUGGGAAAUGGUGCCGCCUUCUACGGCAAGCGCAAAUCCAACUUCUACGGAGAACAGGACAAGAAUCGGAAAAGGGAUCGUUCAAUGUCAGAUCCUAUGGAGGACUAUCAAGGGCCAACAAAUGCGGGCUACUUCCAGUGGAUGCCAGAUGAGGAUGGACAAAUGCGUCCUGUAACCCGCAUGAAGGAACAAAUUAUUGAGCGCAACCCAAAGUACUGGGAUCGCGUGUACGACGAAGCGGGGAACGAAAAGGAAGAGAGCAAAUAA